GAAUCUCUCGGAUUCUAGCAGAGAAGAAGAGAUCCUGUCGGUUUAGUUCCUGGUUUGACGAAGUCCAGCAUCCGCCUGUCAGUUAAUGGUGUUUUUGCUCUCGAACGCUCGUUUAGUUUUGAUCCGUAAAUAUGUUUAAGGGUUUAGGGACGUGGUUGGGUUUUGAGAACCCGACGUUUACGAAGACAUCGGAGGACAGAGAAGAGCUGACAGUGGAGCAGGAAGAAAGGGUGGUGGAGGCUCAAAAUGAGGUAAACAAACAGCAAACAGCUGAUCAGGACGGAGGAUCAGAGACCAACCAGGACCAGGACAGCGCCGAGCCGGGCAAAGGACUUGGUGGUGAUAAAACUUUUUUGAUAUCCUACUUCGUGUCGUUUUGAAAUGGAUUGCUUUAUUUUUAGUGUGAUCCGGAUAACUAUCAAUAUCAUCCUGUCUCUGGCUCAAAUGGUCUUGUUACAUGUGUCCCUGUUUACUCAUUUGAAACUCAGUAAAUCAGGAAAAAUAAAGGUCAAUUUGCAAUAUAUCUUCAUGACUGUCUUCUGAUUUGAAAUAACACCAACUAUUGUUGUCACGUGUCCUCUUUUUUCACUCUCCUUGUUGCCUGUUAUUAUCAAAAGGAUAUGUGACAGCUCAGCAGUUUUUUCUUUAUUUCAUGCCCAUCCUGUCUUUUUUUUUUUUAUUUUCCCUCCACAUUAAGGUUACAUCUUCAACUUUGCUUCCAGUGCCACAAAGAAGAUCUCAGAGUCGAUGGUAGAGACAGCUCAGACCAUCAAGAAGUCUGUGGAAGAAAGGAAAAUCGACGGCAUCAUAGACAAGGCAAGCUGCUCCUCAGGCUCGUCUGACAAGUUCGGCAGCAUUUAAAACACAGCUCAGGUGUUUGCUUGAGGGAACAAACCAGGCCUGAUGUGUUUAUGAUGAAGACUGCUGUAGGCUUAAUGUGACAUAGCAUGUAUGGGAUAAUCUGUAGUGAACCAGUGAUUAUGCAAAUCCUGAGAGAAUGAUCAGGAUCCUGACCAAAAUAAAAGCAGGACUAAAUAUCUAAUGUGAGUGUUUCUUACAUGUGCAGUUUACAGACAAAUUCUCACAAAAUAUUGAUCAUAGAGGAUUUAAUUAUGCUUUAUUUACCUGCAGAAAAUAUCUAUUUGAAUUUACUGUCAUGAAGCUUCCACAGUAACAGAUUCUUCAUAGACAUUGUACAACAUUCACUGAAUUUUUAUUUUAUUUUUUUUAAUAAUUGAAGGUGGCAAAUAGAGAUCCAGAACUCCCCUGAGUCAGUAUUUUAGUGAGCCAAACAUUUUUCCAUCUGAUUUAUUCAUUGAGAUGUUCAUUCAGUCUCAGCAUUUGCCAGCCUACCCUCUCAUUAUCAGAAGCAGCAUUUGCCUCUGAACAGCUGUUCUGGGUCAUCCACUACCUUUCAUAUCAAUAAAGGGUACAAAAGGUCUCUUUCUAUGGAGGCCCCAUGUUUUUACAGUAGCACAUAACAGAGAAACUAGUGACAUGCAUUUGUUUGUAUUGUUUUGCAUAGCUGCACAAAAUGCACCUACUGGAAGAAGAAUGGUGGUUGUUUUUGUGCACAAAAUAAUCUAAAUUGAUUGAUGUUUUUGAUGGUAAACUUGAAUAAUGGAGGAUCAUACUAUUGUGCAAUACAUCACAUCACAGCAGCUUCUUGCCCUUGAAUGCUUUCCCUGUUCACGAGCAGGGCAGCAUGUCAGUCUUAAACCUGACUCCAAGAUAUUGCUAAUAUCCCAGUUUCUGCACAGUGCACUUUUCAAUGACUUUGUAGUGAUUAGUAACCCUAUAGGUAAUUCUGCUGUUGUUGUUGUUGUUGGAUUGCAGGACAGGGUGUUGCUCCACCUUUUUGUUAUUAAAGAUGUAGCUCAGUGGCUUAUAUGCAAAUGUCUGUGCCUGCUGACUGUCAUACUCCCUGACUCAAAACCAGCAUGAAACAGAAACUAAUGUUUUUGCCACAGUGUUAACAGGCAGAGGUCAAAUGUAUCUGACUUCUCUUCAUGGACUGAUCAGUGGAUGUCUGCCACUAAGUUGUCCCUGGCAUCAACUUUACGGUUAAGGCUGACUUACUGCUGCUGGAGGAUUUGUCUAAUCAGAAUCAAGUAUUUAAUAGCCAAGCUAUAAAGAAAACAUUUUCUCCUUUUCUCCACUUAACAUGCAUCUGUAUGUGUUUUCAGACCUUUAUUGGAGACUUCCAGAAGGAACAAGAGAAGUUUGUCCAAGAGAAGAAGUCCAAAAGAUCAGGUAAAACAUAAAGACAGUAAACACACUCUUGAAAAGAUUCUCUGAUGAUUUUUUUUAAAUUUAUUUUAAGAACUAUUAUCUGAGAAAAUGAUGGCGAAGCAUGUCUGUACUGCAGCAUUUACCAUUGAAGUCAAAUUCAAACAACAGAGAGGAGCUAUAGCAAACACAGACAGAGAUUUAAUAGCUAGCAGAGUAUAUGGAAGGCUUCAAGGGCUUUCUGAGGAUUUAUAGCUUUAAUAUUAACCUGAGGUGAUACUCCUCCCCAGUCUGUCAAAUAGAAUAGAAUAGAAUAUUCCUUUUUUGAUCCCCCAUGGGAGAAUUUUUUUUUGCCACAGCAGCAUCACAGACAAAGAUAGUGCAAAAAUGCAGUUAUAAAAAUAAAGAGCGUAAUAUUAAGAACUUAAAUAGAUGUUAUAAUUAAGAAAAAAUUAGAUAAAAGGAAAAAGGGAGAAGAAAAUAAAACUAUAUACAAUGUCCACAAUUUAAGUACCAAAUAAGUUCAUUGGUAUGUUUGUUGAUUUUAACUGUCAUCAGCCUCUGCUGUCAGGGAAGGAGCAAAGAGCGGGUAUGUAGAAAAACCCACUUAUCUGUUGGAGGCUCGUGCCUGACAUUCAAAUGAUCUAUUUUUAGUCUCUUUAUGAUGAUCCGUUAAAUUUGUGGGAUUUUGAUAUCCUUUGUUUUGGAACUGAAUGUUGUUGAUUAAGUUCUUUUCUACUCUUAAGAAGUAAAGUAAAAGGGCAACAUGACUUAUAUGACAUUCACGUUUGGAAAUGUAAAUAAAAGAUCAUAAAGCAAACAGUAUAGAUGAUCUUUAGAAAUACCACACCAAGCAUGUUAUACAUAGGAUCACAUGAUAGAGGAUGAAAAGGUACUGUGAGAAAGUCAGAUGCAUACCAUGAAAUUCCUGUUCAGCUUAAUAAGACCCAGAGUAUAUACUGUAGGUAACAAAAUUCAAUAAUUUAGAUUUUUGCAAAUAUUCUGUUAUAUCCUUUCAGGGGAUAACACUAUCUUAAUGAAACUUUGAAAUAAUGCAAAGUAGUCAGUGUGCUGCUUGAAUAACAGUAUAGAUUUAUUGUCAAUUGAAAAUUACUCUGUACACAGCUGUUAACGUCUAAACAGCUGGCAACAAAAAUGAGUACACUCCGUAGUGAACAUGUCUAAAUUGUGCCCAAAGUGUCAAUAUUUUGUGUGACCACCAUUGUUAUCUAGCACUGCUUUAACCCUCCUGGGCAUGGAAUUCACCAGAGCUGCACAGGUUGCUUCUGGAAUCUUCUUCCACUCCUCCAUGACGACAUCACGGAGCUCAUGGAUGUUGGACACCUUGCACUCCUCCACCUGCCUCUUGAGGAUGCCCCACAUGUGCUCAAUUGGGUUUAGGUCUGGAGACAUACUCGGCCAGUCCAUCACUUUAACCUUCAGCUUCUUCAGCAAGGCUGUUGUCAUCUUGGAGGUGUGUUUAGGGUCAUUAUCAUGUUGGAAAACCGCCCUACGGCCCAGUUUCCGGAGAGAAGGGAUCAUGCUCUUCUGCAGGAUGUCAAAGUAUAUAGUGGAAUUCAUGUGUCCCUCAAUGAACUGCAGCUCCCCAGUGCCGGCUGCACUCAUGCAGCCCCAGACCAUGAUGCUGCCACCACCAUGCUUGACUGUAGGCAAAACACAUUUGUCUUGGUACUCCUCACCAGGGUGCCGCCACACAUGCCGGACACCAUCUGAUCCAAACAGGUUUAUUUUGGUCUCAUCAGACCACAGAACAUGGUUCCAGUAACUCAUGUUCUUCGAUUCAUUGUCUUUAGCAAACUGUUUGCGGGCUUUCUUAUGCAGCGGUUUCAGAAGAGGCUUCUGUCUGGGGUGACGGCCAUACAAACCAAUUUGAUGCAGUGUGCGGCGUAUGGUCUGGGCACUGACAGGCUGACAUCCCACUUCUGCAACCUCUGCAGCAAUGCUGGAAGCACUCACACGUCUAUUUUUGGAAACCAACCUCUGGAUAUGACGCUGAGCACGUGGACUCAACUUCUUAGGUCGACCCUGGCGAGGCCUGUUGCGAGUGGAACCUGUCCUGGAAAACCGCUGUAUGAUCUUAGCCACUGUGCUGCAACUCAUUUUCAGGAUGUUGGCAAUCUUCUUAUAGCCAAGGCCAUCUUUGUGAAGCGCAAUAAUCCUUUUUUUCAGCUGCUCAGAGAGUUCCUUGCCAUGAGGUGCCAUGUUGUCCAGCGUUCAGAGAGAAUUGUGCCCAAAACACCAAAUUUAACAGCCUUGCUUAUCAUUUACACCUGAAUCCUUUUAACACUAACGAGUCACAUGACACCAGGGCGGGAAAACAACAUCAUUGGGCACAAUUAGGACAUGUUCACUGCGGGGUGUACUCACUUUUGUUGCCAGCUGUUUAGACAUUAACAGCUGUGUACUGAGUAAUUUUCAAAGGACAAUAAAUCUAUACUGUUAUUCAAGCAGCACACUGACUACUUUAAGUUAUAUCAAAGUUUCAGUAGGAUAAUGUUAUCCCCUGAAAGGAUAUAACAGAAUAUUUGCAAAAAUCUAAAGGGUGUACUCACUUUUGUGAUAUACUGUAUACUGUAGGUAACAAAAUUCAAUAAUUCAUUCAAACGGCUAACUGAAUAAACACUAGAUUAACUCUUUGCAAAAGAGAGGGACAGCAAAGAAGUAAAAAAGAAGAAGUAAAAAAGAUGUCAUGACUGGCUUGAAACGUGUCAUGGCAUAAAGACUCUUCAAAGCAGCCACACUUUUCAGAAAAUGUGUGGAAAAUGGAGAUAAAAAUAAAGAGGUUGAAAGCAAAACUAGAAAAACACACAAGAAAACUCUUAUUUUAACACAAGGAACAUCCACAUUUAUUGCUUGUUAUGCAUGCAUUUGAUCUAAGAAAUUGUCACUACAUUGAUAUGAAGCAAACUGUAGUCGGAAAACAGUGUCAGUAUAAAUACAGUUGUGUUUAAAGUUAUAUUUUAGGUAAUAUUUUUGUCCAUAGUAGAACAACUGAAGAGAUCAGGGAACAGAAGGAGCAGAGAACCUCUUCAGGCUUUCUUUAUAUGAAGAUUUGGGCUUGUACUUGGUGAUCCCCGUUUAGCCUGACAGUACUCAUCUUAUCAAAGUUCAUGAUCACUGUAGCCCCUGGAAGGGGAGGGUGCACUCCAUCCCUGCACAUGACUUUAUAAGGCAGAAGUCUGCGUAGGUUCUCAUCCAUCCAGGUCAUGGUCAUCCAAUUUUUCAGUGACCGGGAAGUGGACUUGUUUGAGGUUCUUGAAGACGUUUCUCUUCUCAGCCAAAAGGAACUGAAGACGCCAUUUUGAAGAGAGGAGAAACGUCUUCAAGACAGAGGCUGUGUCCGAAAUGGCAUACUACUCGUACUACUCAUACUAACCCUGCCCCCAAAUUGAGUAGGCAGUGCGUUCACACUGUACAGUAUGCGAAUUUUGUGUAUGCGAGAAAUGCCCGGAUGUAUACUCAAUCGGCUUCGAUUUCUGAGUAUGGAGCUUGCUUCACGUACUGCUUCUGCCCCACAAUGCAUUGCGCACUUCAGCUGGCAGUAUGGCCCUCUUUCCCGAGGCUGAAAAGAAACAGACGGCAUGUGAUUGUAAUAACAAUGAUAUAUAUAUAUAUAAAUAGAUAAACAAUAUUUAGUCAGUAUACAUUACACAAUUUUUUAUCAUUUUAUCAUAUUUUUAUCUUUUUACCAGAUUUAUUUGUAUUUUAAAUUAGGAUUAUAGGUAAUGUUUUUAACUAUUCGUAUGAAUUGACUUUAUUUAAGUGUCCAUUAAAGAUGUAUUUAUUACAACAAGUUUGAGCAUCUUCUCAUCUCUGAAUGCAUCAUCAAAGUGGUCACUCAUAUUAAGCACAGACCUCUGAUUAAUAAAAAUUAUUAUUUGGUAGAGAGCACAUGGUUCAGAAUAUACAAACGGGGGAGUUUCCAGUUGACAAUGUACAGUAUAUGUGAUCUUUACUAAUUCUUACUUGUGGUUGAAAAUCCAUUAGGAAGUACAUAGCUGCCCUGAAGAAAAGACGAAAUGAUGUAUUUGCCAAGGAAUAACCGAACAAGGUCAUAAUAAUUAUGUUGUGUGUUGGUCAUUUUGCAGCCCUAUGCUGCUCACACGCCUAGCAGGUGGUGUAUAGCAUUAUCACCAUGGAUACACAGACGUUUGUGUUAUUUUUUUCAUCCACUGCCGCUCGGUUUGUGUCGCGUAGUUGUUGAUUAUGAAAACACUUUGCAAUAAUUUGGAAACGUGAAGGGGGAGCUGCUGCUGCCCGGUGUUUACGGUACGGAGAAAGCAAACACCCACCAAGCAGACACUUCGGUCUCCGAAAACAGAAAUAAAUACAAAAAGCCGCUAUUUCAAACAACUUGGCUCAUAAUCGUGAUGUAAACACUUACUUUCUCGCUAGAAAAAAUAUUAUUACUGAAUGAAUUUAUAUAAUUUGGUUUUGUGUAGCUUGUGGUAGGACUAUUUAAAUUUUCCUGGCGCUGCGUUCGGCCGGCACGAAAUGCAUUCUGGGGUAUUUAGUAUGUAUGUGUGUAAACGCUCGGGCAGCCGCGGCAUACUCAAAUCAUCUUUGAGUAGUCAGUAGGCAGUAUGUACUGAUUGAGUAGGUAAGUAGACAGUAGGCAGUAUGCCAUUUCGGACACAGCCAGAGAUGGCAAUUGUGGAGUCACCAAGUCAUCUCCAUGCCAUGUAUUUGUUCUGCUCUGUCACUGAACCAGUUUCCAAUGAGCAGCCAGGAAGGUGAGCUCAUUAGUGAAGGCACCUGGUUCAGUAACUGAGCAGAACAAAUACAUGGCAUGGAGAUGACUUGGUGACUCCACAUUUUCCCAUCUCUGCUUCAAGAACCUCAAACAAGUCCAGCUUCCCUUCAGUGGAGAGUUAGAUAUACAAGAAGAGCACAGUAGGCAAUGUGGUCAUUGUUAAAUCUUGAUCGUCACAUUUCCAGGAUUGUGGAAAGCAAGAAUCACAACUGCAAUUGUGAUUAGAUUGAUCAGGCAGCUCUUGAAACUAGUGACUGAGUGAUGAAACACCCAUACAGAGUUAAUUUUGUGUGUUUUAUGUCAAAGUGACUUUUUUUGUCACUGACUGGGGGUGAUAUUAUAGUUUGUGUGAUUUGCUUGCGUGUGUUCAUGUCGAUCCAGAAGCAGCAGUGCCUCCCUGGGUCGGAUACAAUGAGGAGGAGACGAUCCAGCAGCAGAUCCUCGCUCUCUCAGCUGUAAGAAAACACAUCAUACAUUUCAUUGACAUGUCUGCUAAUCAUAAGAUUAUUGACUUUGACAAAAGCACAAAACUGAGCAGCAUGUGUGGAUGGGUCAGCCAAAUUCUAGCUCUGACUUGACCCAGACUUCUGCUCACUGGCGUGUUUCUUUCCUCUUCUGAUUUCAGGACAAGAGGAACUUCUUGCGAGAUCCUCCAGCUGGUGUCCAGUUCCACUUUGACAUGGAGCAAAUGUAUCCUCUGGCUGCAGUAAUGCUGGAGGAAGACCAGCUCCUCAACCGCAUGCGCUUCGAUCUGGUUCCUAAACAGUCAGUAGCCCUUUUAUGAUGGUGUUGGCAUGUGUCAAAUUAACCUUUGGAGUUCAAAUGUAAGAGGGAUGGCGAUGUGUUUGUGUUCAACAGUGUGAAGGAGGACGUCUUCUGGAGGAAUUAUUUCUACCGGGUGUCUCUGAUCAAGCAGUCAGCCCAGCUCACAGCACUCGCAGCUCAGCAGCAGCAGAAAGAUGGCGAGGAGAGAGGGGCCAGUGUGUCCCCUGAGGACGUCGUCCUGACAGGUCAGACCCUGAUACUGUUGGUUCUGGUAAUUCAUUAUUAGGGAUGUUAUUUCUCUGAAAUUGUCUGAAAUUUUGGAUUUUCUGGCCCAAAAAGUUGUCUUUGCUGUUUAUGUUUAUGACACUGUUGCAAACAUACUUAAAAGUGUGAUCAGUAAUGACACAGAUGUGUUGAAGUCCCGUUGAGUUCAUUUUUGAUAAGUGGGCAAGUUUUUCUAAUUUGAGGAAGAAAGGUGGCUGCCAGCUGUGACAUCUCUAAGGGUGUAGCUGCAGUGUAAUUAAAGUAUAAUCUUGAUGAUUUUAUUCCUCUCUGCACAUUAUGAUCAGAGUUUGCACAGUUGGUAGCAGAAAAGCAGCUCUUGCUUCUUUUAGCACAUUGCACAGAGAAUGGUGAAGGUUAGUUACUAUGGUAACAGGAAGAUGCUCUGAAACUUUCUUUUACUUCUUCAGUUUUCUCUUGCCUGUAUUGUAAUUUCAAGAAAAUGCUAAAGUUCUAGAGAAGGAUCCAGUUUGCUUUGUUUACACAUAAUGAAACCAAAAUAUCUAUAGAUAUUUGAGACAAAAUUUCAUUUAAAGGUACAAACAGGCUAUAGCCAGGGUCCGCAAUAGGCGGACCGCGGUCCACAUCCGGACUGCGGACCACCUUUUUGUGGACCCAGAGAAAAAAAAAUCAACAACACGGCACGGCACUCUCUCUGACUGCCUGACGCAAAGUUAGACUGGCCGAGAGAGAGGGAGGGCACGGUGCAGGCAGAGGUAACGUCUUUGCAGCAGGAGCGUUGCUCACACCCCAGCACCCGACAUCAAAACGGCAAAUUAAAGAAAGAUGGACACUGAAAAUCGCUGAUUCACUGACGAAUGGACCGACAAAUAUAUGAUUAUCUUACCUCCUUUAAGCACAAAGCCAAUGGGUCUUUUGUGCAAAGCACUGUUGCUCUGAUAAAAAGUGAAAACAUAAAACGCCAUGAGAAGCGAUUUUGAUAGAGAUUGCCCCCAAAAAUCUGAGCUACAAACAGAUAAAAUAAAAAGCUUAUUAUUUUAUGGAGUAAUACUAAGUAAGAAAGAAUAUCAGUGUGAUGCUGAAAAUGAAUGUUUUUGUGCCUUCCAAUAACUCCUGAUUAUUACAGUAUAGUACACCCAGCCUAAAACUACAUAAAAACAUAAAAAAAGAAAAAAAAAUUAUAAAAAAAUAACCCAACAUUUUUUCGCCGCCACACACGUGCUGUGGACCUAUGACUUCCUCAAAAUUUAUUUUCUGGAUCUUUUACAUUUCUAAUUGAGAACCCCUGGGCUAUAGGACUAAAAUGUGAUGAAACAGUGCUAAAAAAAAUUCAGAACUUGGAAAUUAAUUGGAAAAAAAUGGCGUUCCACAAGUAAAACGUGACAGAUACACAAAUGAAAAGAUGAAAUCUGAAACAAAAGACACUAGAAGAGUCCUCAAAAAUUAUACAAAACCAUCAACUGUCGUGGUUGAGUUGACCAAAAUGCAGAAAAUAAAUCUCUUAUGCCUAAAAAUUAAAAAGAUGCCCAGUUCUUGUGUCUUGUGCUGACAUUUACAAACACAUGGAGCUUGAGAUGUGGGAUUGCUCUAUCAUUGGGUCAGAAAUCUGUACAGGUGAAACAGUGAUACAGUCUUCAGUACCCUGCUCUGUGCUCUGUAUAUGUGCCUUUUUCAUCCUUUGCCAAUUAAAUCCUUGCAUUGUUAAAUGCACUGUUGUAAUAUGGUGCAUAGAAAGUCUCCAUAUCAGUGGUUUUAGCUAUCAUCAUACCAGGUCGAAACUGUGAAAAUUAAGAGGGCUUUUCUCUUUGUUUUAGACGUCAGGCCUAAAACUCCUCCAGUCUCCAUCAGCAGUGCACAGAAGGUAAGAGAACCAAAAAUAAAUGUGUACACAACUUAAAUCUGUCAUUCAAAGGCUAAAGGCUGCACAGGGAGAAGUAAAGAAGCCUCUUUUCUGUCUCAUUUGUGUCUCAUAUGCAUCUGUUUCAGCCACCUCAAGAGGAAGAAGAGGAGAUGUCCACAAGUCCUGGAGUGUCUGAGUUUGUGAGUGACGCUUUUGACUCAACCGCCAUCAACCACGAGGACUUGAGGAAAGAGAUGGAGCAGCUGGUUCUUGAUAAGAAGGAGAGCGUCUCCACUCAGGAUGGUUGGUGUUUCUCUUUUUUUGAAUGGAAUGGGUCAAUUCAUCUUUUUUUGUGGGUUAAACAACAUGAAACAAACAAAACCCAGUGUGGGGGCUAACAAGGUGAGUCACAGAGUUAUCAGACAUGAUUCAAAUGAUGCGCUUGAACCGAGAGGUUGCUGCAAGUCCGGUCUCUCUGUAUUAUCUGUAGUUUUUGUAAUUUAUGCUAGAUCUUUUUCAUAUUCUUGUUGUAAUUUUGUUGGCUGCUGAUGGAUACUUCUGCUGGGCAAAGCGUUUACUCAAGAGAAGAGCUCCUUUCAUUGAGGAAAACCAAAUCUGGGCAACAACAUACAGUUCCAGAGGACAUCAGGAGGUGUUAUCAUGGUUGCCGUGCCGUGCUAAGACGUGGCGAUAUAAACCCUUUCUUCAAUCAAUCAUCAUGGGAAACGUCAACUCUCUCCCCAACAAAAGCAAUGAGCUGGAGAUCUUGGUGAAGACUGAGAAAGCAUACCGUGAGUGCAGUUUCUUGUGCUUUACUGAAACCUGGUGAAAUCAAAACAACUCCGACUCCAGUGUGGAUCUACCUGGCUUCACUCUCAUAAGGUCAGACAGAGAUGCUCAAGCUAGUGGCAAGAAGAAAGGAGGAGGUCUGACUUUAUUUGUCAACCAGAGAUGGUGUAACCCUUUACAUAUAACUGUCAAGGAGAAGUUGUGUUGUCCAGAUAUUGAACUGUUGGCAGUUGCUCUUCGGCCAUAUUAUGUUCCAAGAGAAUUCAGUCAUAUCAUCACAGUAGUUGUUUACAUCCCACCCAAAUCAACUGAAGAAUGUUGCAAUUUUUGCAAAAAAGUGUUGCCAGGCUACAGACUCAACAUCCGGAGGUACUAAUAAUAAUAUCGGAAGACUUCAACCAUGUCACCCUCUCCUCUCACCUGACUGGAUUCACACAGUGUGUGAACUGUCCUACCAGAGAAAACAAAACCCCGGAUCUGCUGUAUGCCAACGUCAAAGAAGCCAACAGAGCCACUGCCUUACUACCACUGGGCAAGUCAGAUCAUAACUUGGUCUAUUUGCAAACCUGUUACAGACCUUGUGUACUGAGGCAGCCUGUGACCAAAGUCAAAAUAAGGAGAUGGACACCUCAAGCCAGUGAAGCUCUAAGGGACUGUUUUAAAUCAACAGACUGGAAUGAGCUGCUGGAAACAGAUGUGGAUAGUAUGACCAUUGACAAACAGGUUGACUGUUUUAAUGAAUAUGUCAACUUCUGUAGAGACACAGUUUUACCCACAAAAACUGUUUGCUGUUUCCCCAACAACAAACCCUGGAUCACAAGAGACAUAAAAGCAAUCCUUAAACAGAAAAAGAAAGCUUUUAAAGAUGGUGACAAAGAACAACUCAGACAAGUGCAACAAGAGUUGAAGAGGAGACUGAAGAUGGCAAAGCUGGAGUACAAAAAGAAGAUCAAGAAGAAUCUACAACACAGCAACAUCUGUGAAGUGUGGAGACGAAUCAGUACCAUCUCUGGACACAGCAGUAAAAAGAAAAGACAGCCAGUGGUGGGUGAUCUGGAAAGAGCUGAUGAACUCAACCUGUUCUUCAACAGAUUUUUGACACUGCUGUCACUCCCACUUCCACUGCUACUCCACCUUCCUCUUCGCAACAAAUCUCCACUACAACUUCUCCCCUUCCUCCUCCAUCUCGUUCAAAUGUCUCAACCACUUCAACUGCCUCCCUCCCAGAACACCAGUCCUUGUCUGUCACCGAAACAGGGGUGAGGAUGGAGCUGGGAAGACUGUGUCCUGGGAAGGCUGCUGUGCUGCAGAACUGUGUCAACCUCUCUACAAGAUCUUCAACCUGAGUCUACAGCUGGGGCAGUACCUGUUCUGUGGAAAACAUCCUGCAUUGUGCCAGUACCAAAAACAAAAUGUCCUGCUGAACUCAAUGACUACAGACCAGUGGCCCUCACUUCACACAUCAUGAAAACCCUGGAGCGGCUGAUUCUACGCCCUCUGAGGUCUGAGGUCUGAGACAAACUGGAUUCCCUGCAGUUUGCAUACAAAGAACACAUUGGAGUGGAUGAUGCUGUCCUCUACAUGCUUCACCAUGCCCUGUCUCAUCUGGAGGAGCCUGGGGUUUAUGUGAGGAUCAUGUUCUUCGACUUUUCAAGUGCAUUCAACACCAUCCAACCCACCAUACUCAAAGACAAGCUCACAGAGAUGGGAGUGGAUCCUUCCUGUGUUUCCUGGAUCGUAGAUUACCUGACAGGAAGGCCACAGUUUGUCAGGUUGGGGAACUGUGUUUCUGGGACAUUAAUGAGCAGUACAGGCCAGGGCUCCUCAAGGGACAGUGCUGGGGCCAUUCCUGUUCACACUGUACACGUCAGACUUCAAAUACAGCACUGAGUCCUGCCACAUCCAGAAAUACUCAGAUGACAUCGCUAUUGUGGCAUGUAUCAGAAAUGGACAAGAAGCUGAAUACAGAGAUCUGAUAAAAGCCUUCAGUGACUGGAGUCACAAAAACUGCCUCCUCCUUAACACCUCAAAGACAAAAGAGAUGGUCAUAGACUUCCGUAGAUCGAAACCCCCUCUUCAGCCAGUGAACACCUGUGGAGUGGACAUCGAAGUGGUGACAUCACAUAAAUACCUAGGUGUACAUCUAGAUAACAAGUUGGACUGGUCUAAGAAUAUAGACUACAUCUACAGAAAGGGGCAGAGCCGCCUCUUUUGUCUGAGAAGACUCUGAUCAAUGGACAUCUGUAGUAAGAUGCUGCAGAUGUUUUACCGCUGCAGGACAGAAAGAUUUAGAAGAUCUUUUGUACCAACAGCCAUCAGGCUUUUUAACUCUUAUUUAAAUAAUAGAUAACUUUUAUAGACAUAUUUCGUGAGACAACAGACAAUUAAAUUUCCUUUAGGGAUCAAUAAAGUUCUUAUUCUUAUUCUUAAACCAGAGAUAAAGUAUCCAAACUGAAAUCAUGAAAAGUAAAAAGGACAUGAAGAAGAAAAACAAGUGUGUUUUCUUUUAUUUCCCUUGUUUUUUUUUAGGUAAAAAAAGAGAAAGAUAGAAAACGAUUUGGUCAUACAGACUGAGACAGAGUACCAGGGGCCUAUUCUACGGAACAAGUUCGACCUAGCGAGGUAGCCUUGGAGCUACCUUGCUCAACUUAGCGCGGUAGCCAGCGAUCCCGCUAAACGGGCCUACGACGCUGGUUAUCAACCUCAUAAGUGGAUCGAACUUUGCUAUGAGCGUGUGCAUGCAUGUAAGGUGGAGUCCGCUGCAUCUGACCAACCGCGAACAUGGACCAGUCUGGAGCGUCAGAGCAGGCCGGAGAGCAAAGGACUGCGUACUUUACAAACGAGGAGCAGGAGACGAUCAUGAGAAAGUAUGAAGAAUUUAAAUCUAUCAUAAAUCUCAAAAGCAACACCGUCGCCGCUGCAAAAGCGCGAAGGAAUUGCAGGCAGAAAAUUGCAGACAGUCUAAAUGUGUAAGUAUAAUGUGCAAAAAAUCUAUGAUGCCAUUAUCACUGCACUGCUCAACAUGCGCUUUUAACAUGCACCAGACAUAUCUAAUUCAUUUUCCAAGAUGAAUUCAUUCAUUUGUUCAUUCCUAUCGUGUUUACAUUUUUUGUGUGAUAUGUAGGCCAUAUGAGCCUUUCAUAAAGGUGGUCAUCCGGAAAAGUAAGUGGGUCCGUGCGGUCCCUGAAAACUCUUGCCGGAGUGCUCCUCGGACAAUGGGGGCACCGGGGUCUAUAGGAUCCUCCAAGAAUGGACAAGCCAUUUUUCGAGAGAGUUCAUUGGUCAGUGGGCGGGGUUUUUAUACUCAGUGAGUUCAAUCUGGAACCUAACCUGCCCCGGAGCAGGUUAGUCGGUCAGCGUUCGUUGCCAUGGAGACUCGCCUCGCUAAGAAGUGAACCCGCGUCGUAGAACAGGAAACCCCGGACUUACCCUCGAAAUUACCUCGCUAAGCAGUAAUCCUGCUUCCAAGAAUAGGCCCCAGAUAUCAUGAAAGCAAAAAUAAAACAUCAAACAGACGAUAAAAAAAAAUUUAAAUGAGGAGGAAAAAGCACGUGAAUUUUAGUUGAUGAAACAAGAUGUGUGUGUCAUCUUUUUAGUGUUGAGUAUAAAUGAACAGAAUAGGACAUGAAUAAAAUAGGGUAGGUACAAAAUGGUCUUCAAGUGAAGCAUUUAUUAGCCUAACAGGGAUGUGUGUUGUGAGUCUGUUUUAUGGGGGAGCUAUCGCUAACCCUCCCUCUUCUCUUUAUUCAGAUGAAUCAGCAGACUGGGAGAAGGAGCUACAGCAGGAGCUGCAGGAGUACGAGGUGGUCACAGAGUCUGACAACAAAGAUGACCAGUGGGACCAAGAGAUUGAAAAGAUGCUGCAGGCGGACAACAGCUAGAUGUCCACAGAGUCAGUCUCCUGUACAGUGAUCCGGCCCAGAGAGGAAGUAAAUCCAGGAUGGAGGUCCAAAUCCUCUGACUGUUGAAACUGUGAUGAUGAUUCUGUAAACAUUCUCCUGUGAUGAAGGUGUAGAUCUUAUGAUAGCAGAAGCUGUGCCCUCCUAAGGUAGUUUUAUCAGUGUGUUUCCUGUAUACUCUCUUCUCAGUGGGGAGCCGCCACCUGGGGGUGCUCUAAUGCAAUGCACCGUGAUUUCAUGAAAGCAGAGGGUUACUUCAAAACACAUUAAACUGUAACUGUUUCCACUGCUGUUUCCUGGUGGGUUGUACAGUAAAGUCUUAGUUACAGUAGAGUAAAAUCUAAAGAUACAUUUAUGUAAAUAAAGAGAAAUCUUACACUACUCUGUUCUUAAUUUUGCAUUUCACUUUCAUGACUUCUGCUUGGUAUUUGACAUUUUGUAAUGUUGUUUGAACAUGUCUCUUUUCCUUUCUUUGCAACUCAAAUACUGUCAAUGAUUGUUUUAUCCUUCAGCCUUUAAUAAAUAUUUAUCUGUUGAUAUGUA